UUUGGAAUGACGUUGUGUACAAUCUGUAAACAAAUAAUAAAUGGAAAGUUACAGGAUCAAACUGUAGAACAAACAGAAUGGUCAGGUUUAAUCCUGAAAAACAGAGGAUUCACUAACCACUUAAAUGAGAAACUCAACACCAAUCGACAUGUUUACAGUCUGAAACACUGACCGCUCGGUUUCUUCUGCUGCUCUGACACUGACAGGAAGAGCUCUGUAACACUGAUGCAAGGAACACUGUGUUUGUGGACUAAUACAUAAAAUAUAUCCUGGUUUGGAUGCUAAUCUAAUCCAUCACAGUUCUCUGCAGAUUCUCCUGUGGAUAUACAUGUUCUCAGAAUGAAUGUUAGCAUGAUGCAGAUGGAGGCCCCACUGCGGCUCUGUCACAACUGUCUGUUCUUCUUUAAGUUUCCACAGCGCUUCCUGUCACUUUCUUCUACUCACAGGUCACCUGCAAGUUACUACGAUGUUCUAGGGGUUAAGGCCGAUGCAUCACUGGAUGAAAUAAAGAAUGCAUUUUUUGACAAGUCCAAAAAGCUUCACCCUGACAGUGACCCGUCAAACCCGGUCCUCCAUAGUCAGUUUGUUAAGCUAAAUGAAGCUUACCGGGUGUUGAGCAAAGAAGGCACCAGGAAGGACUAUGACCUCCGAAUGAGAUAUCAUCAUUUCGACCAGAGUUUUAGACCCUCCUCCAGAUACACACACAACCCCAGCAAUGCUGAGACGACUGAGAACGUGCACUACUGGGAGCAGUUUCGGAGUACUCAGGACUUCUCUGAGGAUGACUGGCAGAAUAAGAGGAAGAAGAAUCUGCGGCUGGUGGGCUACUGCAUCGUCGCCAUGCUUCUGAGUAUCGGCGCUCAUUACUUUGGGUUCAGAAAGCUGGAGGAAAUACAUAAUGACUUCAUGGACAAAAAAGAUAAUGCCAUCACUAAAAUCUAUAACGAGUCCAAAGAAAGAGCCAGGGUGAACGGAUUUAAGAAGCAACAGGAGAUCCUGAGACAGAAACAUGCAGAAUUUCUGGAGAGAUACAAGAUUCGUCCAAGUGGCAAAGAGAAGUAGAAAUAUCAUAUAGACAUCAUGAGGCUUGGUAGAGUCAUUUGCCGGAGCUGAGCGUGCAUCCAGGUAGCACAGAAGCUAUAGGAGAUGGACUGAGAUGUGUCUAGGUUGAAAACAAAUAAAAAUUGUAAUAAUAAUAAUAUUCAGUGUCAGAUGUUUAUGAACACAUGUUGUAUACGGUUUAUAUUUUUUCAGGUAUGGGCUACAAAUAAUGGUCAGUAUAGAAAUGGCUACAAAUACAGCAAGCUCUUGUACUACAUGACAUAUAGUAUAUACAGACACUUGUCAUGUCUGGAUUUCCUGGGUGGGAUUUUAACCGCACCUGGAUAUGGUUUUUUGGAAAAAAGUUCGAAGCACUGUACACAACAGUGUGUGUGUGUGGUAUUUUAUUGCCUAAGCCAGAUUAAAGGAGUAACAAAGGUGCUAGUAUUUAGGAUUGUGACAAUAUUAAGCAAGCAAAGCCAUAAUUUUUGAACCAGUAUUUAUUAAUUAAGGGACCCUUAGUGAUGGUCUGGCUUUGUUGCAGAACUGAAAAUAAAUUUCCUCCUAAAUUGUUUGCUCUGUUAACUGGAUUGGUUAUCAUGAUUCAUCAGAAAUCACAUUCUGCUCUCUCUGUAAAAGAAAAAAGAAACAGAAAUCAGUAAUAUUUUUGGAAGCUUAAUUGCUUUGGAUAUCUGAGACUUAAACUUCAGAUUAACAUUGUACAUCCUACUGAACAUAUGGUUGAAUAUUAUGGCCUUUAUUCUGAUUGGUGCAUUUGGCUUUUGUUUUGCCCUUGUUUUGCACAUGACACCUCCAGUCAUGGUAGAACUACAGACUACAUAACUAUGUUUCCUGUUAUGCUGUCUUCUGCAGCUGUAUCAAAUAAGAAGGAGACUGUCAUCACCAGGUGUUUCACACUGUUCACGAUUAUAAGGAAUUGUGUGAAAUCAAUAGAGUCUUGUGUGAGCCCAUUAGCUCACUGGGGUUUGAGUAUUGAUGCAAGUGGCGUAAUGUUUCUCUUUGACAUUUUUUGUUGCAAUUAUGAAUUAAACAUUAUCAUGAUAUUA